AUGGAUCCCGCUGUUGUUGUAAACCUCUUCAACGCGAUGAACAUGGGCCUCGUUGGAAACUCGCAGAUAGACCCUGCCGUCUUCGCAGCGCUGCUUGGGAUAACACAGUCCCUACAGGCCGUCCAGAUUGUACCCGGCGGUUUGCAAAGUCUGGCAUCGCCUCAGCAGGAUCUCAACUUGGGCAGCCUCCAGAGCAAACUGAGCAACGCUGCAGCUCAAAUUCGGGAGAUUCAGGACAGCUUGCGUCCCAUAGUGUCUCAAACCGGAAGAGACGUCAUUGACAAGCUCGAGGUGGCCAUGACCAAGCUCUACAAGCUGGCCGUCUUCAUCCGCGGCGACUACGACGACCGCGAGCCGGACACCACCCACCGGGAUGAACUUCUCAAGCAGGCAGUCCACGCCUUCAAGGAGGUGAAGGAUUGUGCGGAGGCCGGCCUGAACAAAAUCAGCCGGCUCCACUCCCAGGUCAUGGAGAUCGAGAACAUGGUCAUCAAUCCUGCAAAGCAAGAUGUCGCCGCGUUGCUCGAGAGCAACGAGAACGAGGUGAAGAACUUGCAAGACCAGAUCCGAAAUUCGGAAACGAGCGUCAACACCCUCGAACACAGCGUGUGGCAGCAGUCGCAGGCAGUCAGCUCGCUGCAUGACAGGAUUUCCAGCACCAGAGAUGCGAAGCUGGCUAGUGAUAUCGCGGCCAAUCUGCUGAUGCCGGAUUUUGCCCCAUUUCAGUUCACAAUCUUCACACUCGGCAUCGGAAACGCCAUCAACGGCGGUCCACUCGACCCCUUCAACUUGCAAGGAGAGCUAAACGAGGCCAACCGGCUGCUGCAAGAUGCCCAGAGGAGGCACCGUGACGCAGCCAACGAGCUCAACAACUUGCGGAUGAAGCGCAUGGGGUUGGAGAGUCGACUGAGCGCAGCCCGACAAACCGCGGCGCUCAUCCCAGGAGUCUCAACAUUAGCAAACACCACCAACACAAACUGCAUCAUGCUGCAGCGUCAGUUUGGCCCCCUAAAGGAAGCCUCGGCCCAGCUGUUGCUUUCGGUUGGAAAGGUCCAGGAUUCGCUCAUGGACCAGGCGCUCUUGGACGAGGCGUCUAUGGUCAAGGAUGAGGUGAUCAAUGAGUAUGGCGGCGACAUUCCAGACGAGGUUCAAGAGAUGGCAGCCGAAACUGAUGAGAGGAUGAGUCUUGUUGUUACGGUUCCCAGUAUCCGUGCCUGA